CGUCCUGUCUCCAUGGUGACGCGGCUCGAGCACACACCGCCGCCCGCAGCCGCCGCCUGUACUCUCCCAGCGCAACAAGGCGAGGAAUACUAUAUGGUAGCAACAAUGAAAGAACCAGCAUGAAGAAGUCUCAGCCAUUACUGGAAAACAGAUCACAGGUCCCACUGAAGCAGAUGCAUGGCUAAAUUGCCAUCUGAGAUUUUAAAGGUAUCACACUGCAUCUAGUGAACCUGAGCAGUGAGCAGGCACUGGAAGUUACCUGAAACUUCUCAACAUGGCACGAGCAGUUCUACUGAGAAGAACUGCAACUGAUUUAGUUAGUUGUCAUCAAGAUCAGGCAUUGAACACCACAAUAUACAUUUUGAGAGAAUUAGGUCCAGUUGGAUUUCUUCUUAAAGAAGAAGGUAUAUCUAAAUAUUUUAAAGUGAAUAUAGGAAACAUUCACACCUGCAACUGUUCCACAUUUCUCAAAGAGAAGGACCUCUGCAAACAUAUCUGCUGGAUUUUGUUAAAGAAGUUUAGACUACCACGUGGUCAUGAAUAUUCUUUCCAACUUGGUCUUGUGGACCGAGAAAUUGAAAUAUUGUUGGACAGUCUUCAUGUAGAGCAGCCACCACAGCCACUCCCUGACAAAUCUAAGAAAAAGCAAAAAGACGAAGAAGUGGUUGGUGCUGUAUGUCAGAAGGAAAUUGAUCCAGAAGACGUCUGUCCCAUUUGUCAGGAAGAGCUAUUGAAAAAGAAACAACCUGUAACAUAUUGCAGGUAUAGCUGUGGUAACAGUGUCCAUAUCAGAUGCAUGAAAAUUUGGGCAGAACACCAGGCAAAGACUGAGAAUGAAACCAUUGUCAAAUGUCCUCUCUGCAGAGAGGAGUUUGCACCACUUUCUCUCCUGCAAGAAGAAUUUCGAAACUCCACAAAACUUCUGGCCGCAGAAAGAGAAAGACUUGACAGACAUCUUGGUAUUCCAUGCAAUAACUGCCAGGUUUGUCCAAUUCAGGGCAAAUGUUACAGGUGUUUAAGAUGUCCUGAUUUUCACCUUUGUCAGGAGUGUUUUCCAUGCCUGAACCAUCCUCAGCAUGAGUUCACUUUUCGAGAGAAGAGAAAUCAGCGUUGGAAACCAGUACAACAGGUUUCUGGCAUGCCUUUGCCGUUAGCAGUUAUCAAUGAUCUAAUGAACAGAGAAAUAAUUUCCAAUGACUAUGAUCUACUUCUGCAGUUAGACAGAAAUAGAUCCAGGACUGUACCGGGCCAUAUAGUGCUGACUUUACCCUUGUUAAUAGUGAAAGAGCGAAGCAAACUGCUUGUGCCUGGUCAGCAGUGCAGAGUCUGUCUAAAAGCAUUCCAAUUAAGACAGCAGGUUCGAUGGCUGCCUUGUCAUCACAAAUUUCACAAAGACUGCAUUGACCAUUGGCUAUUGCAUGAGUCUAAUUCAUGUCCAAUUGAUGGGCAUGCAGUCUAUAAUCCAUUAACCUGGGAUGAAGGAUCAGGCAGAGGCAAAAAGAAAGAGGCAUUCACCAAUUCUGAGCAUUCCAAACCUAAUAUUCAACUGGAUAAACCUCAGUUUGCUAUUCCAGUGAUUGGUUACCAUUCAUCACUGAGAAAAAGAAGCAGCAAUCAAACCCAUGGUCAGCUAAAUCAAAACCAACGUCAAAGAGGAUAUGGAGAUCAAAAUUCAAUAAGCGUCACAGACAAUUUCACUGUAAAUGGAUUAAAUUACUUCCGUUUGAAUGAAGUAAAAAAUGAAACAAGCGCAGAUCAAGGUCAUUACACACAACAUUCAAUACCUGUAGGAAUGUUUGAAGAACAUGCCUUAGGUCUUUUACCUGAUACAAGAGGUAAAAAUAAUUCUGCAUCUGUUCAAGUUGAAGCAAAGUCAAAGGACUCUAAAGAUAGUCAAAUAAAGAAAAGAGAUAUUGUCAUUAGCAAGACUCAUAGUGCUGGUUUAAGUGGUACAUCCAUAUUGCAGCCUAUGCACAACAGCAAAUCCAACUCAACAGAAAUAUCCCCACAACAGCCCGAGGUUUGUCCGCAUGAUGGCAGUUCUACACAGAGAACUCAUAGCAGUGGGUUUAAAGGUGAAAUCCGAAAACAAGGUGGACUCCUUUCAAGAAAAGCCAGAUGUGCUUCCAUGAGUUCAGCUGCCGAACAUGUGAGUCUUGCUAUGAAAGGAGUCGCAGUGAACACCAGAUUAUAAAUCCAUUUAUUUAUUGAAGCAUGUUUGUCUAGCAAUAUAUAUAAAAUUAUUGUUACAACUGUUACUUGAAAUUUGUAAAACGUUUUCUAGUAACAUUUUAAAAAUUAUGGACAAAAAUCACAAUGUUUUUUGGGAAUGCACAAUUCAUGCAUGAGUCUCUAAGAAAGCAGAAACUCAGUUACUCCAUAGGAAUUUCAAAAAUGAGAGCAUUUACCUAUAUUGCAAAGUCUAAUUAACAAGAAUAACAAGACAAUAACAUCAAAAUAUAGUGGCAGAUUACUUGAGUGUUUUAAUAAAUGAGUCAAUAUCUCUUCAAGAUUUUGUAGUCUAUAUUUUUUGUUAGAAAUACUAUUCCUAAUUAUGUGUGGGAAUAUUUUGGUUUAUUGGUCUUUCUUGAUCAUUCACUUUAUUUUGAAUCAGGUGAAGAUAAGUAGCUCAUUAUAGUUUUAUUUUCUCUACAGUAGUGUUAUUCUAAUAAGUAAAUGUGCAGUUAGUAUGACAGAACUUACUAUUUUAAAAAUCAACUCCUGUAUUUUAAGCAGAUACAUCAGGCUAUCCUAAAACAACUCCUCUGUCACACUGUAGGCUAGUUAAUAAUGGACAUGUUAAAUAGUAUAAUAUAUUUGAUAUUAAAUAAUACACGGUAUAGCAAAGUAUAUUUGAUAUCUUUUACUGAACACAACAGAAAUGUUAUGAAAUUGUUGCUUCCAGUUAAUGGUAAUAUAUGCUAUAAAUUGAUUAUCUAGAAAAUUAUGAAUGUGCACUUACUGUGCACUUAUUGUUGGGUAAAAGAAUGUCUCAAAGCAAAUUAAUUAUCAUCUAAAUCAUUCUAUCAAAUGGGCACAUUGACUUGUUUAUUUGUAAGAAGCAACACAAAGUCCCACAACUCACCUGAUUUAUUGCUUAAAAAGAAGCCUGGGAUGGCUAAUCCAUGUGCUCUGCCUGCUUGGAAUACUGGGAAAAUUUUGACAAUUUAAAAAUAUGAUUAAAAGAGAUUGUUAACUAAAUAUCCUGACUUUUUUUUAUUUUAAGGAGUUUAUCAUGUUUUUAUUAUUUCUUUACUCAGUUAUUGAUUGAUCGGCCUCCGACAAAAAUAACAUAUGGUAUUCUGUGGUAUGGGACUGCAGUGUAUUAUCUCUCUUCAUUUUCCUUGUCCACUCGGCAUUCUUUGAAAAGGUUGAUCAAAACAUCCCCUUACAAUGCCUCUCCUCCAUUGUCUAGUUCUUUGGGACUGUUCUUUUCAUUCUUCUCUUUCCUAUUAAGUUGCAGUGAAUGUAUCUUGAACCACAGUUUUUCUUAAUGCCCCAAACUUCAGGGUUCACAUGCAUGGACCUAUUCUUGGCCCCCUCUUCUUCAUUAUCUGUAUGUUGUCCUUUGGCAACAUUCACUAAAGACACUGAUUUAGCUUCCAUGUGCACGCUUGUAUUUUGUCCUUCUUUUGAAGAGAGGUUUUAAGAAAGAGGUGAGAGCUGUCUAUUUGAUUCCAAUAAAGUAAACAGCUUGUGAGG